GUGAGCAAAAGCAAAUUGAUCCAGAGAUAUUCAGAGUAUUUUACACUUUCUGGAAGGAGACAGAUGCAGAAGCACAGGAUGUUCACCUGCCUGUUGAGGUGAUGGAACUUCUGGGCAGCAGUGAGUGUGUAUACAAGCUGUCCAGUUCUGUGAAGACUAGUUAUGGUGUGGGUAAAAUUGCCAUGACCCAGAAGAGACUCUUCCUGCUGACCACAGGCAGGCCGGGAUAUGUGGAGAUCACCAAGUUUGGAGACAUUGAGGAAGUGAAGAUCUCUGCAGCUCCAUUCCUCCUGUUGAGAAUUCCCUCUCUGAAGAUCAAGAACAAACUGAAGAAAGAGAUUUUUGAGGCUAAUUUAAAAUCAGAGUGUGAACUGUGGAACCUGAUAGUCAUGGAAAUGUGGGCAGGGAAAAUCAUGGCAGACAACCAUAAGGACCCUCAGUAUGUGCAACAAGCACUGACCAAUGUCCGGCUUAUGGAUGCAGUGGUGGGUUGUUUACAGACACAAAAAUCUGUCCUCGCUGCCUCCAAACUGGCCUAUUAUGACAAGCUAAGACGUGAAGUGCCCAUGAUCAUUCCACGACCCACAGCAGAGACUCUCAAACACAAGAUUAAUCCAUUUCAGAACAUGUCAUCCUCUCAGUCUGUUGAUGUGCUGCUUUACACUCCAGGCCAGUUAACUGCCUCUGCCUCUGAUCUGGAUAGGAAACCUAAGCUCUGGUGUGCUCUCAGCUGUGGAAAAGUGGUUGUGUUUGAUGCUGUUAGUUGGUCCCUGCUGCAAAACUGCAUUCAAUUAGGAGAUUCUCAACUGAACUGCAUGAUGGGAUUGGGCCUGGAGCAGGUAUGGGUUGGAUCUCAGGACUCUGUCAUUUACAUAAUAAACACUCGCAGUAUGCUGUGUCAUAAACAGCUGACUGAGCACCGUGGAGAGGUCACAGACAUUACCCUGGAGAAACUGAGCCACAGAUUCAGUCAAACGCAGGUAUAUUCCAGCAGUGCAGAUGGCACUGUGAUCAUUUGGGACGUCCCCUCUCUGAAGGUGAAGAGACAGUUUCAUCUGAACUGUGACCGACUGCAGUCCAUUCAAGUUUUCAGUCACACCAUAUGGUGUGGUGCCAGAGACUGUGUGAUGGAGCUGAAACAGAAUGGAGAUGUGCUUCAGAAGAUUUCCCUCCUGGAUGAUGUCAAAAGCACGGCCACUGCCUUUAACAGGGUCACACUGCUCAUUGAGACAAAACAGAUCUGGACAAGCUUCACAGACUCAGCAGAGUUAUGGGUUUGGGACUGCACUGACCUAACCAAUCCACCCAACCGAGUCACGCUCCCAAACUGCAGUGGGGUCACCUGUAUGAUCAGGGUGAAGGAUCAGAUCUGGAUUGGUUGCAUUAGUGGUGGGUCAGGCCGCAGUAAGGUUGUGGGGAAGAUCUUUAUCUUGGACUCUGAGAGCCUGGUGGUUGAGAAGGAGCUUGAGGCCCAUGAAGACUGUGUCCAAACGCUCUACUCAGCAGAGGAUCGAUAUGUGCUCAGUGGCUCUGCAAGCCUUGAUGGCAAUAUUGCCAUCUGGAGAGUAGAUUAAGCAGGCUGAAAUUGGAUACAUUUAACUUAAAGUUUAAGUUCCAGCUUUACAGAUCAAUGUGCAUCAAUAUUUGUAACGUGCAAUAUGUAACUCUACUGUCUCUAAUGAUUACAUGUUUCUCCAAAUGUAAAGACACUGAAAGGGAGCAUGGUUGUUUUUCCACAAGAAGUUUCAGUCAUUUGUUAAAAAAAACAAAAACAUUUUACACAAAAAGCUAAACAGAUUUUUUUAUAUUUAAUGUGUUCUCUAUCACUCACUAUCACUAAAAUCUGCCGAACUGUUUUAAUUAAUUGAGUUGCCCUUUAAAAGUACCAUGUAACUGCAAAAGGCUGUAUUGAGUGGAGCAAACCAAUACUGGUUUGAAUUGGACUUAAUCUUUCCUGAGCCAGUGUUGGCACUAUGAAGGCUUGAUGAGUUAGUGUAUAGUGGAAAGACUCUUUUGUGUAGAUAUAGGCAGGUGUAACCAGACGGUUAUAAUAGAAGCAAAUACUCAAUCAAGUUAAGGGAGUUAAGCAGCUACUUCAGGAUUGUUUGUAUAAACAGUCCUGUAUUGACCACUUUUGUGCUCUUGAAUGAGGGUCGUAAUCCAAGUCUGCUUUAAUAGGUCUCUGUAUAAAUGCACAGUAUUAUCUGUGUAGCCUGAGUAGUAAUGUCCUUAGUGCCUUGUAGCUGUAAAAUUAAAAAUAACAAUUUAAAAUAGCCUACCUUUCUGUACGAAUUUAGCAGUCCUUUGAAAACCUUUUAAUAUUCUAAAGCUGAAAAUAGAAUCGAGUGAGGCAUUGCAGAACUGUCAUAUACACAAUUGCCUGAAAAGCCCAAGAUCAGAUAGUUGAGGUCCAUAUGAGCACUACCUGAGGAUGAACAGCAGCCAUAACGAGUAGACUGUGUAACAUUGUGCCAAUCCUUGUGGUGUCACUAGAGUGGCUUGUGUGACUGAAUAAAGCAGCUUUUUGAUAAAAAAUAC